AGUAAAUUUCGCGCUGAUAAUGUAGCGCCCCUGCAGUGGUGACAUGGGUGGAAAAGUGGCCACAAAGCGCACACUUUCAAGACAAAGCCAUUCAUACCCUCAAUUCUUCACUCCUACUUCUGUGAUUUCUCCUCCAUGCUCGACGCCGAAGAUGGCGGCAGCAACGGCAGUUCGCCACUACAGUGAACAAGGACCAACGGACACGAACUCCGAGACACUGUCGCCACCCUGCUGUGACACAGGGCUCUCGAGUCCUGAAGUUGAUGUCCUCGCCAAAAUGGAACAGCUCAAUAGGUCAAAUGAGGAGGAUACCAGGAGUCUGGCAUCCCGAAAAAGUGGCUCCAGUGGAAGUCCAAAAGGAGGGCAUGAGCCAAGUUUGGCAGAAGAUGAAGAAGAGGACCUCUGGAGUGUAUGGAAUAAAGUUGUAUGUAACUGGGAAGAAGAAGUCAAGAAAAAACCGACGUCUAUCAAGACUUUGGUAAAACGCGGCAUACCACAACAUUUCCGCACUAUAGCAUGGCAACUAUUGUCAAAUGCAUCCGUUUCCUCUAUCCAUGAGGUAUAUGCGGACUAUAUGCGGCAGUCAUCUGUCUAUGAAAAGGUCAUACAACGAGACAUCUCGCGUACAUAUCCUGAAGAAGAAUUUUUCAAAGACGGUGGAAGGGGACAGGCUUCCCUUUUUAAUGUAAUAAAGGCCUACUCCAUCCAUGAUCAAGAAGUCGGGUACUGUCAAGGAAGUGCUUUCAUUGUUGGAUUGUUAUUGAUGCAGAUGCCGGAGGAAGAAGCUUUUGCAGUUUUGGUUCGCCUAAUGGAGAAUUAUCGUCUUCGUGAGCUGUACAAGCCGGCCAUGACAGAUCUCGGCUUGUGCAUGUUCCAGUUAGAGUGUCUUGUUCAAGAACAGAUGCCGGACUUACACAGCCAUUUCAACAACAUGGGUUUUGACACUUCAAUGUAUGCGUCGUCGUGGUUUCUCACGCUGUUUACAACCAGUCUACCAGUUAGAAUAGCCAAUCGUAUUAUGGAUUGCUUUCUUAUUGAGGGGUUGGAGUUUAUAUUUCGUGUCGCUAUGUCAAUCCUACAGCAAGCUCGUUUUGAACUGCUUCGACUAGACAUGGAGGGCAUGCUCAAGUACUUUCAACGAGACAUGCGUGAACGCUUCGAGAAUGAUGCUGACUUACUGAUUGCUGUUGCAAACAAAGUGCAUCUAAACGCAAGAAGAAUGCGAAAGCUUGAAAAGGACUAUCUCGCAAAGCGAACGAGAGAAGAGGAAGAAGCGGUGGAGCUACGUCGUUUGCGAACGGAAAAUGGCUUGUUGCGAAAACGCAUUGACUAUCUCGAAGCGGAAUCUGCAGCUCUUGCUGACAGACUGGUUAAGGGACAGGUAAAUCUUGCACAAGAAGCUGAGAACUCUAUCAAUAUCGCACAUGAGCUGAGCAAACUCCGCGACAUUAACUCAGAUGCUCAUCGAAAGCUUGAACAGGCCUAUGAUACCAUCAGGGAGCUGUCCUGUUCUCGUCAAGGAGGUGUUUUGGAUGCUGCCAUACAAGUGGAUGAUACAAGCAUGAUUGAACAUAUUCAUUCGUUGCAGCAAGAACUUAUCGAGAGUCAUAAUCGUCAAGCGGAUCAUGAGAACACUAUACGUGAAUGCAAAAUUCGUAUCUCUGAACUAGAAGCAGCAAACAAACGGCUUCGUGAGCAUGAGCCUUUUGAAGGUGUUGCUGGUCUACAAGAAGAACUGAUCUCUGUGAAAAUGCGUGAAGCUGAAAGUAAUCUUGCAGUCAAGGAAAUGCGCCAACGGUUAGCUGAACUUGAACAGCACUGGGCGAAAUAUGUUCACAUGAGAACAUUCGAACCAAACGUAGCAAAUGCCGAAAAUGACUCGUCAUCGAAUGAAUCAAAUAAUUCAUCAUCACUUAGUGUCAAUUCAGCACGUGCACGACUUGCGAAAAUCACAGCUUCGUUUAUCGGAGGUUCAUCGGAUGGUGAUGAUGGUUGUGUUACAAUCAGAGAACUGGAAGAUCAACUCAUGGGAGUUCGGAUAAAGGAAGUAGAUAAUUUGGCUGAGCUGAAGGAAAUGCGUCAAAAGGUUAUGGAACUAGAAACCCAAAACCAUGUUUGCACUAAUCAGCUUCGAAGGCAAGAUGAGGAGAUAAAGCGGAUUCGUGAGGAGAUUGAAGCGGUGCAGAAGGUGAGACGUGAGCUUGAAGCUUCUCUACGUUCCGAACGUCAACGAUGUGCUCAGCGUGAAUCUGAAUUGAAUGAGCAGUGUAUUAUGGAACGACUAAAGUAUUCUGAAGCAAUGCAAUCUAUACAAGAUCUCCGACAAAUGAUAACUCAACUAGAGCUGAAGAAGGCAGAAGGAUGGACUCAGAAUCAACUUAGAGGCACAUCUGUCUGCGAGGUUGACGAUGAUUCUACGUCGCAUUUGUCGAUUGGGUCAAACGGCGAUGUAUUCUCGCUAGGUUCAGAAGAUAUGAACGCCCUUGUAGCAGAUAUGACUGUCAAAGUACCGGUACUGGAUGAGCUUUUAGAGGAAGGAUCAAAUACAGAGACCGAGGACCGUCGACCAAAAGAAACCUACGACGGAACGGAUACUACAAGCUCUUGAAAGCAAAUGCAUUGGUGAAUACAUACUGUGAUAAUUUACUAAUUUUUCUUUUCAAUCAGUUGUUGUCCAUAUGUUUUGAGCAUACUUUUUUUGUUUCACGGUUUCUGCACACUCUUUUUUUUAUCUCUUGUACAGCAGUUUUUUACCCUUGUGACGCGGUACAUCUCAAUAAUUCUUAAUUUAUUGUGAUUCUUCCCCUGUUUACCCUACAAGUCCUGGAAAGUAUUUCAUCAUACGCGCGAACUUAUAAGGUAUAUUUGUUGAUCACAGUUCUAAACAAACCGAUUCGCAAUCCUGGGUUCAAAUCGAGUUUUCUUUCCUUUACGCGUGGGCUCUGCCCACGGAUCGUGGUUCUCUCCAGCACAAACCUAUGUUCAAGAGGCAUUUGUUUCAAAAUAAUUGUGAUAUAGAAAUCCCUUUCAAUUCAUCUCUAGCGUAUAAUAUUCCCAUCAUUGACAAUUUUUCUCGCUGUCAUUCAACAUCUCUCAUUAGAGUAUGUAUCUAUCAAUUUUCAAAUUUCAUGUCAAAGACUUGUGAUCACAUAUUGUGGCCUUUUUCACGUUUCAUAAUGUGGUAAUUUGUAAUUGCUCAUCGAGAGAUUUGAGGAAUAGUUAUAAACUUUUAUUCAUUU